AAGAAGAAGUGCUGUCGGCGGCAGAGGGCGGUGAAGCUGCAGAGAAACAGGAGAAGAAGAAGAAGCUCCAGGAACAACAACAAACCGAGGCGGCGAGCAGAAUUUCAGCUGUAGGUCACACAGCGUUAACAUGUGUCAAUGAACCUGAUGUAAACAGGAGUGCUGCAGAGAUGAGCUGCUCUUUCCACCUCCUGGUUUCCCGUUGCAGCUUCUACCAUGGACGUUUUCUGCUUAUCUGGUGUCGACCAUCACUGUUGGUCAGAUCGUUGAGUGCUGCUCCUCACAUCAGUCGCAGCCUGAAGGAAAGUUACCGACUCCUGCAGCUGCCUGACGAGGUUCACAGCAGUCCUGCACAGGUGAAAGAGGCCUACCUGCGUCUGGCUAAGCUCUACCAUCCAGACUCUGGGGCAGCAACAGCAGACGCAGCGCUGUUUGCUCGGGUUGAGGAAGCUUACCGAUCCGUGCUGGCACAUCAGAGCAAGACCAAGCAGCCUGAUGGAGGCAAGGAAGAAGAGGAUGAGGAUAAGUCCAGAAGAGCAGCACUGCAGCACAGACACUACCUCAGCUUUGAUGGCGUGGGUUCAGGGACGCCCAGCCAGCGAGAGCGUCAGUACCGACAGAUCCGUGUCGACCGGGCGUCCGAGGAGGUUCUGAACUACCGGCAGAAGGAGCACGAGCGGGCAGCUGCAUCUGAAGGUGCACUGGUGGAGCGGGACAUGCGUCAGCGCAGCCACAAAAUCAAGAUCACUCAGGCUGUGGAGCGGCUCGUAGAGGACCUGAUCCAGGAGUCUAUGGCCCGAGGAGACUUCAGGAACCUGAGUGGAGCCGGAAAACCUCUCAACAAGUUCCAGCACAAUCCAUACGCCGAUCCCAUGACCCACAACCUGAACCGCAUCCUCAUCGACAACGGCUACCAGCCUCCCUGGGUGGUCACCCAGCGAGACAUCAGGGAGGCCGUCGCUCACAUCCGGAGCAGGCUGCUGGAGGGACGGGCUCGGCUCAGCGACCCCCUGACCCCCUCAGAGCUCAGCCAAUGGGAGCAGCUGUGUGCGUCUGUGGAGGAGGAGCUGGUGAAGCUCAACAAGAUGGUGGAUAACUACAACCUCAUCGUACCGAUGCUCAAAAUGCAAAUGGUUCACUACAGUUUGUCCAGAGAAAUAGAGCGCGCCGUGAAGGGUGUCGCCCAGCGCCGACUGGACCAGCAGACGGAGAGAGAAAAGGAGCGAGAGAGGAGGAAGGAGGAGAAAAAAAGAGCCAACGCAGUGACAAAGACUAAAAAGAACAAGCAAGGACUCAUGUCUUGGAUGCAGACUUUGCUCAGAUGAAGUCAUCAACUGUUGGUUUAUUUAUUUCAUUACAGUCAAAUUGUUCACCUGCAUAUUUGCACACAGAAUCAAAGAUAAUGAUGCCUUUUAGUUAUUUUCAGACACAAGGAAGAAAGUUGUUGCCUAAAUGUGCAGUUGUGUAAUCAGAGGUCUGUGCUACGAAGCAGGAUUUGAGGUUAUUGAGGUAACUUCAUGUUUAUUUUGGGUUUCCAUGAACACAACAGUAGUUCACCUCUCAUUAUCCCCGUGUGACUUAUACUGAACUCCUCACCUCCUCUGGAGCAGAUUAUGUUUUGAGAUGAACACAAACAGAAAUCCCCUAUUGACCAGUAGAGUCUCUAAGGAGAGUUUUUUGAGCUGCAGCAAUGUCAGAGUAAUUUCUUUGCUCUAUAGGCCUUUGUAGAACAAUAUAAUCCUAAAAGAGAAACGGAUUAAAGCAUUAAUGCUUUAGAACCGGCAUGUUGACCUUAUAAGGUUUUCAGUAAGCCCCCUUAAUAGUUUGGGUUUUGUUUUUAUAUUUGUUCUUUCUGUUUCUCAGAACAGUUUAACAUCAGCAAGCAGCUGAACGAAUGAGGCUAAAGCUGAGACUUGAAGUUUUAAAUUACAGAAUUCAUCCUCCACAUUGCUAUGAAAAUGGUUUUAUCUUUAUUAGUGAUUUAUUUAUUCUUUACCUCCUGAAUCUCAGAAUGUGCUGGAAGAAUGAAUUGCAUUAAUUAUAAUUAUUAGAUUUUUAACUCUCCAACAGUCAACAUAUCAUAUGUGACUUUUGGUUUGGAGAGGAAAAACAACCACAUUUGAGCUUAAAGCACAAUAUUUCAUCAAAAUUACUUUGUUCUAUGUGUUUUAUUUAAAAAUCAGCGAUAAAUAAGCUGUUUGCAGCAACCAGAUUCUGUAAAAAAGAAUAAAAAUUGCGGCCAUUGGUGCAACUGAGAAGCCACGACAGACUCAGCUGUCACCAACAGGCACGUGCCAAAAAUUCAGGAUGUAUCAACAGCAGACAAAUACUGAAAUGUAAAAAAUAAUAAAUGAGAAGGGAGCCAAAAAGACACCCAGAAACUUCUGGGUGGAGUUCAAAAGAUUAAAUAUUUUGGGUUUGAUUUUGUUCUGCAGUCUUCUGAGACAUCACAAUAUACUAAAUCUAGAAUAUAAAACCUACAUCUAAGCAGCUUUGACACACUUGUUGCUGCCGUUUGUUUGGUUAAGUGAAGCCAGAGAACAAAAAGAUUUCCUGGAUAUGUUGAACCUGCUUCGUAGAAAAGACCUCAGGUGUGAGCAGAAGAACAGCACUGAGAAAGUGUGAUAAACUGCAGGAAUAUGUUUCUGUGAAAUUACUGAUUAGAAAAUACAAACCCGACACUGUAACUUUUGGUUGCUAUGUGACAUUAAAAGUUAAUUAAA